UAUGAAUGAAGUAUUUUCAUUCGUUCGUUUAACCAAUGACUGCACGUACAUGAUUUUGAAAGUCGGUGCACGUGGUAUCGUGCGUGUUUUCGCAAAGUCCAUAUUAGCGUUUUGGUUUUCAUUUAUGUAAUCUCAUUCGCAAAUUUCUGCACUAACAACAUAAUAAAAGGAUUAAGGUUUCGUUUGGGUUUUAUUUUAAGGGCUUGAAUAAUUAAACGGUAUGCGCUGUGUACUCCAAGAAUGGUGCUCCAGGAAAAUUAUCACCUGAUUUUUGAUGGGGAAUCCAUCGAUCCAGCCUUUGGAGAAUAUUUCCAAAAUUACAACCGGAUUACCUGAAGAGACUAGCAAAACUUUAGUUAUUGUGGGAUAUCCUGAUGAAGAACAUGCAAUACCUCCACCCCCUCCUGAUCAUGCAGGCCCAGUUGGACCGAUCGUAAUACGCACAGAAGAAGUGUUAAUUGUGGUAUUCGUGUUAAUUUUAUGGGCUUGUGCGAUCGCAUUGUUCUUUAAUCGAUGGGGUAAAAUAAGAAUGUUGGAACCAUACCAACCGAAAUUUCACGAAGAAGAACACAGACCGAGUUGUCCGCUGGUUGAAUUAUCUAACGCAGGAAUAUCUCAGCACCGGACGUCGUUAUCGAAAUAUAACGUAACACCAUCCAGCUGUCUAGAUCAGCCAACUUCACUUUACCAGACUUUACCUCCGGCUCAUCGUUCGCUGCUUAGAUCGCGUCAAAACUCGAUGUUCACCGGUAAUUCGAACGUUCAACUGGCGAACGGCGUUUGUUGCCCUAGGAAGACUAGAUCGGCGAUGGAUAUAAACUCGCUGAUACAGCACGAAUCUCCUUCGACUCGACAAAACAGCUCGAUUUUACCAAUUAGCGUAGCCGACCGAAGAUUAUCGUACGCUCAACAUAAUCCUUCGGCGUUAAAGGAUAAACGUUCGUGUAGCCUGUUCCCGCCAGGCAUGCACGAUCGUCGAAGAUCCUGCAUAGGGGAAUGCAACAUUAUGGGUCUGAGGGAUCGAUACGGUUAUCGAGACUCAUUAUCUCCUCAUUUGCCUCAUUCGUGGAGAAGGACUUCUUGCGCUGUUGGCGAUUCGUACCUGAAUCCGGCUGUGACUGCGGCCAAGGAUAGGAAACCUUCUUUUAAUAACGUGCUGGCUCAAGUAACUGCCGAACGGAGACCUUCUUCCAGUAUGCUUCGAAUAUCAAACGUUUAAUUUAAUAUUCUCGAUUUUGUUGUUGUGUGGGGAUUCCUUGAAAUUCGAAUUGUUUUCGAUUCGAUAUUAUCGCUGCGUAUUAUCUGCUCUGUUGUUCGUUCGUUCGCUUUAUAGUUGCGAUGGGAGAUAGAAUGGUUAAAUGACGCCAUCGUCAUUACACCGCCGACCAUCCGAUGAAUGAAUUAUUAUACCUGUACAUGGUUUUCUUGUUUUUUUCUCUCUGUUUUUUUGUUUUUAAAUUUAUCGAAUUUUUUUUCAAAAACAUCGGAGACUUUACGAGUACCUAAAUGGAUUAUUGGUUUAUCGCAUGUUGGCAAAAAAUAUCCACUCGGUUGGAUGGAUAGGUGCACUCAUGGGCAAUAUACGAGUACGACAGGUACGAUUUUAUCGAUAUUUAUGCAACGAUGAUUAAUUAAUGUAUGGUACCUAUCAAGAUAACAGGUGAGUAACGAGUUGGCCUAAUUUACAUGUGUACCAUGAAAAAACAAUACAUGUGAAUGGAAAAAUGCCCAAAUGGAAUUUUAGUAAAAAUUCAUUCGGUCGAGUUUGAAUUUUUUACAGGUAGAUUACGAAGUUGAUCGGGGGAAAUGACAAUUUAUUCUGAAAAAUUGAAUUUUGAAAUUUUUACGUCGUAUUUCGAGAGAAAUGAUUGGAGUAACAAAAUUCAGGGGUCUCCAAGACUGACAUGAUACAUAUGAAGUUCUUUGGGGAUUCUGAAGACUCAAAGAUUUUCAAUCAAGAUCAUUUCUUUAGCAAUACCAUAAUAACAAAUUUCACGAUUCUUUUAUCACAAUAAACGUUAAUUUCUCGAUAAAUGAGAUCAGACUAUACGAGGUUUUGUUGAUAGACUCUUAACGAAUAAUUAUUUCUAAGCGCCAAUUUUUUUUAGCUCGAUGACUUUUUUCCUAGUUUAGUUCUCGCUCAAGCCUUUUCAAUACACCAAUACUUACCUAUACUUCGAAACUGAUUUAUAAAUGUAUUUAAGGGGCCAGACGUUUGUAUUUUUCUUUCGGUCUUUUUAAAAAAAAUCUGCGUAAUUUUUUUCUCGAUGUACAAAAAACGAUUGUUUAAAAGAUUCGACACGUGGCGUAGCUCAGAUUCAUUGUUACGUAUAAAACGUUGAAUUUUUUUGCUUUUAAUUCGACGAUUGUUUGAUGUUACUAUACCUAUUUUAAGGGUAACCCAUCUCGACGAUUAUACGACUUUCACGCAUUCGCAGACAACUCGAGUAAUUAAGUUGUUACGUUUAAAUGGGCGAAUUUUCAAUUCUCAUUUUACAGCCCACAGUUUUAUAGCGUUUACUUCCUUAUUUCUAAACUUGUAUACCGUGUACACGGUUCUCUGUACUAUAAAGUCGUGUUUUGGCAAAUUAAAUUUUACUACAACAGUGAAACUGUUCAACUUUCUCGAGUAUACUCACGUGCCUACCUUUGCGAAGACUAACAACCUUAAGAAAAGUGUUCUUUUAGAUGUUGCCUGUGUCUAUGUCGAAUCUUUCGUCUAAUUCUUUAACGUUACCAACGAAUAUUUUGUAAAGUAUAAUGAAACGCUGUAUGCGAAGAAUUUUGUGGCUUUUUGUGUAAAUUUUGUCAAUAAAAUUGACUUUUACAAUUAUAUCGACUUUAAUUACCUAGGUACCUAUUUUUUUCCUUUUUUUAAAAUUAGAAGAAUGUACCUACCUAUUCAUAUAAAAUUGUGACUGUUUCGAUGUUAUUAUUUUUUAGUUUAUAGAUUAAAAUUUACCUAUUUAAAUUCUUUUGGUGAUGAUUUUACUUACCUACCUACCUAUACCUACUACGAGUACAUUAAAAUUUCUAUAGUUUAUACCUACCAAUAAACGUCUCGAUUUAUACGAAUAGUUAAUUGUGUCAUUUAAACUCUAUCUACGCUAAAUACCUACUUACCUAUUCUAAUUUUAUAAGAUGUAAAUGUUUCUGUCUCGAAUUUUUACCUUUUUUUAUGAUCAUCUUGAUGGAGAAUUUUUUUAACUAAUAAAUAGCUCAAUUUUUUCAUUGAA